CGUACAGCACCGCCGGUCUGAUGGGGGCAGCCCUGAGCGCCCGUCCCUACCUCGCGCCGCGACCAGCGGAAGUUCGCCCUCCCCGCGCGUACAAUCUAUGCUCCCGCUCGCUCCCGCUGGUUGGCCGCCGGGGUCGCGCCCCGGAAGCGAAGCGGCCAUGUUGCUGGGUGACCCCGGGGAAGCGGUGCUAGGGUGCUGGCGCCCAGAAGCGGGACCAGGCGACAGUGAGGGACCGAGAAACAGCUCCGCUUCCGGUUUGCCUUCUCCUGCAUCUGUCCCCCAUGGCAGCGUGGUCCCGUGAGGCAGUGCUGAACCUCUAUCGCGCUCUGCUGCGCCAGGGCCGUGGUCUACGCUACACCGACCGUGAUUUCUACCUCGCCUCAAUCCGGCGUGAGUUCCGCAAGAACCAGCAGCUGGAACGGCUUGAAGACAGAGAGAGACAACUGGAGAAGGGACUGGCCUUCCUGCACAAUAGACUGGGAGGGUUGGUUUAG